GGAUUCUCUCUCUGACGGCAGUUUUGAGCCCUGCCGCCUCGAGCCCUGCCUGGGAGAGCCUUUCUUUCUCAGUUGCUGCCGUCAGAGCGAGAGGGAGGCGGCCCUGGCGGCGAGCAGAGCAGGUUCUCCUGUCACUAUUUGCAGCAGCGGCGCACCAGAACUGGUUCGGCUUGAAUGAAGCGAGACCGCGCCCGGGAGCGGCGCCUCGACCAGGAAGUGGCUGCCAGGAAACGAUGCGUCCGCCUCGGAGCGCCAGAGAGUUGUAGAGGUGAAGAGACGGUCGUCGUUGUCGUCGUCCCUUCAGGAAGAAGAAUCAGCCACUCAUAGUGAUGGUCAGUGGCACCAAAGGAGAAAUGUAAAGGACAUUAAUCAAUGUGACAGUUGGUUCUGUUGAAAACCUGGAACCAAUACCUGAAGCACCUGAAUAAUUAAUAUCUGAAACUGAUACUCAAGUAAAUGGCUGAACUUCCACCGGGGAUUCGCUUGAUAACUUUAUUUACAAGAGACCAGUGGUACAGGGCUCUCACAUUUGUCCUGACUUUUAUGCUGUAUGCUAGUUUCCACUUAUCAAGGAAACCAAUCAGUAUAGUUAAGGGAGAACUACAUAAGCACUGCAACGCUCCACAAGUUAUUGAGCAUAACACCUACAAAGAAUAUGCCAUCCAGAUUCAACCUGUUAAAAAAAUUGCUAAUGAGUCACGCUGUGGUUGGGAGCCAUUUGAUAAGAGCAACUACAAGCAGUUGUUGGGAGCCCUGGAUUAUUCAUUCCUAUGUGCUUAUGCAGUUGGGAUGUAUCUGAGUGGCAUAAUAGGUGAACGUUUGCCUAUCCGGUAUUAUCUCACUGGAGGGAUGUUUGCCAGCGGUCUCUUCACUGCCAUGUUUGGACUUGGUUACUUCUAUAAUAUACACAGCCUGUGGUUCUACAUCGUGGCUCAGAUGGCUAAUGGAUUGGUGCAAACUACUGGCUGGCCCAGUGUGGUUACCUGCAUUGGCAACUGGUUUGGGAAAGGAAGGAGAGGACUGAUCAUGGGAUUAUGGAACUCACACACUUCAGUGGGGAAUAUUUUAGGGUCCCUAAUAGCUGGCUAUUGGGUGUCUACCUCCUGGGGUUUGUCCUUUGUGGUGCCUGGCGUUAUAAUAGCUUUAAUGGGGAUUGUGUGCUUCCUGUUUCUUAUUGAACAUCCUAGGGAUGCAAACUGCACAAGUUCAUCAUCCAGUAAUUCAAAAAGUUACAUGAAUGGGCCAGAUAGAUACACCAUUCAGAAACCAGAAUUAAGCGCUAAGAAAACAAGCUUAUCUUGGGAUCCAGAGAAGCACUGCCUGCUCCCUGACAAUGAGAAGUGCAACAAGUCACUGAAUCAUAACAAUGCAGGCUGUGAGGAAACUGAAAACAGGAAGUCUGCUAUAAGUUUUUCUGGAGCUUUGCGAAUACCUGGAGUUGUAGAAUUCUCUCUCUGCCUGUUAUUUGCCAAACUGGUCAGCUACACUUUUCUUUUCUGGCUUCCAUUGUACAUCACAAAUGUAGAACAUAUUGAUGCUAAACGAGCAGGCGAUCUAUCCACACUAUUUGAUGUUGGAGGAAUCUUUGGUGGAAUUUUGGCAGGCAUAAUAUCAGACCGACUGAAGAAAAGAGCUACAACUUGUGGCAUGAUGCUUUUGAUUGCAGCACCCACGCUAUACAUAUUUUCAGCAAUCAGUAAAAUGGGCUUUGAGGCCACCAUAGUUAUGCUGCUCAUCAGUGGAGCUCUUGUAAAUGGCCCUUAUGCAUUGAUCACAACAGCUGUCUCGGCUGACUUGGGUACCCAUAAAAGUCUCAAGGGAAAUGCAAAAGCACUCUCUACUGUUACAGCUAUCAUUGAUGGAACAGGUUCAGUAGGUGCUGCUCUGGGCCCUUUGUUAGCUGGUCUCCUCUCUCCUUCUGGUUGGAACAAUGUAUUUUAUAUGCUGAUGAUUGCAGAUGCUUGUGCCUUGCUUUUCUUGCUCCGCCUUAUACGAAAUGAACUUCGAUGUAGUCUGGAUCGCACCCUGUUUAAAGAACACUGAAUUUUAGGAAACAAGUAAAUUAAAAUGAUUGUUUUUUUAAA